UUUUGAAAAUAUUAGUAAGGACUUAAAUAGCAAAAAUAAAACACCUGGAUCAUCUUCCAAAAAUAUUUAUGAAUUGGAAGAGAAAUUAAAUCCAGUAUCUGAUUUGUUUAUUGUAGAACCCGUACCAUCCAUCACAAAAUCCAUACCACUCAUCGCAAAGUCCACACCAUCUAUCGCAAAUCAAUCAAAGUCACAAGUUGAUAAACAACUAGUUAAAAAAUGA